AUGCCGCUCGAUGAGGAGUGGCACUGCAAGAAGUUUGAGAAUGGUCUUCGAGGAGACAUUCGCUUGAUGGUAGCCCCACUUUCCAUCAAGGACUUCGCUGCCUUGGUGGAAAAGGCCAGGGUUAUGGAGAGAAUGAAAGUGGAGGUCGAGGCCCAACAGCAGCCACAACAGAGGGUUAGCAGACCAUUUGAGUCCAGGCCGAGAGUUGAAGAGAAGAAGAAGCCUUAUGCUAGGCCCCAUCCACAGCCACAGCUUUCCGGGUUCCGCAGGUGCAACCAUUGUGGCAGGGAGGGCCACUUUGGCAAGGAUUGUCCUACUUUGAGGAGGGCAGUGGCACGACCUUCAUCACAUACUCCGAUCCAGACUCAACAAAGGAGGGGAGGCGGUAGGCCUCAAGCUACAGGCAGGGUUUAUGUGAUGACUAGGUUAGAGGCAGCGGGUGCAGGUAACCUCGUCAUUGGUUGUUGUGUCAUUUUUGUCAAGGCUUGUUGUGUUCUUUUUGAUUCUGGAGCGACACACUCUUUUGUGUCAGAGUCGUGUGUGCGGGAGUUGGGUUUACCGGUGUAUAAACUACAGUUUGAUCUCGUGGUAUAUACUCUGGCAUCUAGGUUGGUUAGGACUUCUACUGUGUGUGCUAGAUGUCCAGUUGAGGUAGAAGGACGUGUAUACAAAGUCAAUCUUAUAUGCCUCACUCUACAAGGGCUAGAUGUGAUCUUGGGGAUGGAUUGGCUCUCCGCCAAUCGCGUUCUCAUCGACUGCAGAGAGAAGAAGUUGUUGUUCUCCAACUCAUAG